AUGGAGCCCGCGGAGAAGAAGUCUAAGCUGGAGGAGAACGGCGCCCGCGCUGGCGCCGUGGCCAACGGCAACGCCUGGUGCUGCUCCUUCGCUGGCGCGCCGGACAGCCCCGACCUCCGCCCGCUCCCCCCAUCCUCCACCGCAGCAGCUGUCGCGUCCCCGGCGGCGGGGAGGAAGCUACCACCCAAGUCCCUCUCGACGCCAUCAUUCCACAGCCAGGCUGGCGGGCCUCGGCGGGCUCAUCGACCCGUGCCGCAUCCUCUCACCGGACCGCGUCUCCCCAUCGACCCCGACGGCGUGGUCCUUCCACCCCUCCCGCUCCCGCUCCCCCCUUCACCACCAACUGUGGCGCCGCCGGCUCCAACCGAGAAUGCGGCUGUCAUCGUGGUCCCCGCCGGCGCCGGCUUGUCCUCGAUGGGAAGGGAGUGGCCGCCAGCAUCGAGGAGGAGCGGGGGCGCCGCGGCCAGCCUGUGCGGCGACGCAAGGGAGCGGGGGCGGCGGAUCCGGCGGCACGAGGGAGCGGGGGUGGCGGAUCCAGCGGGUGCCAGCGUGGAGGAGGGAGGGAGCGGCGGCGGGAGCGUUGGAUCCGACGCGCGAGGGAGCGGGGGCGGCGCGAGGGAGCGGGGGCGUACGGUCAGGAUGUGGGUGCGGGGGUAG